CAUUCUCGGCCCAGGUGAAAGCUCGGUAUUUUCACACGCGAAAUCCAGCGCUGCCCCCCCACCGCCAGGCCGCCAGCCAAACAAACACGCGGAAUUUCAGAAGCAGAGGGGGAUCAUCGAUCACAAGGGAUAAUAAGCAAGGGAAAAGGUCUCGGCAACGUGUUACUGGCACAUGAUGGCCAUAUUUAUAUCUCCGUCUUCCCCGCAAAAUUAUUAUCCCGCUCGUUCAUUCAUUCCCACGCGCCCUCCUUGACCUCUUCUCCUCGCCCUCAUCGUUAUCACCGCCGCGUUAGACUACCUACAGCAAUGGAGCCUCUCCCCAUCCCCGAAAAGACCUACACCCUCGAAGAGGUCGCAAAGAACAACACCGAAGACUCGCUCUGGGUGAUCAUCGACAGUCUAAUCUACGAUGUAACCGACUUCGCGCUCGGGCACCCAGGCGGAGCGCACGUCCUGCUGCAAGUGGCUGGCACAGACGCCACACGCGACUUCUACUCGAUGCACCGGCACGAAGUUCUCAGCAAGUACCGCAGCAUGAUUAUCGGGCGGGUGCACAACAAGACUCCGCAGAUCGUGUCGCGCGGAAUCGGCGAGCUCUCGACGGUCCCCUAUGCAGAGCCCACGUGGCUCAUCCCCGCCUUCAAGAGCCCGUACUAUACCGACUCCCACAGGAAGCUGCAGAAGGAGAUACGGGUCUUUGUCGAUACCAUCUUAAGGCCGGAGGCGCUGAGGAUCGAGGAGGCGGGACUGUACCCGAGCCAGGAGUUUUUCUUGAAGACGGCGGAGUUGGGGAUCACGCCGAUGCGGCUGGGCCCCGGAAAGCAUCUGCUGGGGCGGAAGUUGUUUGGCGGCGUGAAACCCGAGGAGAUGGAUUACUUCCAUGAGUUGGUUCUGAACCAGGAGAUGGCACUGACGCACGGCCGCGCGUGUAAUGACGGCUUUGGCGGUGGUAUGGUGAUUGGUCUGCCGCCGGUCAUGAACUUCUGCUCGAAUAAAAAGCUGCAGCAGGAGGUUAUGGAUGAGGUGCUCAGUGGGCGGAAGAUGAUUGCGCUGGCUAUCACUGAGGCGUUUGGAGGCAGUGAUGUCAUCAAUGGACUCCGGACGACGGCGGUGAAGAGUGCGGACGGAACUCACUACGUCGUCAACGGUACCAAGAAGUGGAUCACCAACGGCUGCUUCGCCGAGUACUUCACCACCGCCGUCAAGACAGACAAGGGUCUGAGUGUUCUGCUCAUCCCUCGGGGCGAGGGCGUCGAGACCACGCAAAUCAAGACCAGCUACUCCAGCGCUGCGGGAACAGCCUUCGUCACAUUCGACAACGUCAAAGUCCCGGUCGAGAACCUUCUCGGCAAGGAGAACCAAGGGAUCAAAGUGAUCCUUUCUAACUUCAACCACGAGCGCUGGGUGAUGACAUGCGCCGUCGUGCGCGUAACCCGUCUGAUUAUCGAGGAAUGUCUGAAAUGGACCAACCAGCGCCAAGUCUUUGGCCGUCCGCUCAUCUCGCAGCCUGUCAUCCGCGCAAAGCUGGCGCGCAUGAUCGCCCUCAACGAGAGUUGUCAGGCGUGGCUCGAGAACGUCACACACCAGAUGUGUCACAUGACGUACGCGCAGCAGAGCACGCUUCUGGCCGGACCUAUCGCCCUGCUGAAGACUUUUGUCACUCGUGCCGCCCAUGAUGUGGCCGACGAUGCGGUGCAGAUCUGGGGAGGGCGUGGAUUGACUAAGGGAGGGAUGGGGAGGGUUAUCGAGAGUUUCCAACGAGGCUAUAAAUUCGAUGCUAUCCUGGGUGGCAGCGAGGAGAUCCUUGCGGAUUUGGCCGUCAGAAUGGCGGUUAAGGGCGGUAUUAAGUCGGUGCUGUAGAUGCGAUGGUGGAUAAGUGAUACCUGUAUUAUACUAUACACUAGAUAUUGGCUUUCUUUCUUUCUUUCUUUCUGUACUAGUACCCAAGUAUUGUAUAUAUUGAUGCAUCGUUUCGUUUGGGAAUUUGAUAGUUAUGGAACUAGAUUGUCUCUUGUGCCGUGUAUCAUGAUGGGUGCAGUGGGUCGUCUGCUG